GCUGUCCGUAUAACCUGUCAACGAUUUGUUCCGAAAAUCCCGAUUCGAAUCCAAAGAAAAAUCAAACCUCUAGGACCUCUAAAAAGGGUCUGGUGCUUAGCUAUUGAAUAAUCCGGCGGUACAGUUAUUAUAUAAUCUACUAUGGCGAGCUUGCUAAGGACCCUAGCGCUUUCUGAGAAUGUCGUAAUGAAAGGUGGUGUCAAGGUUUUGGCACCGGUGGCAAAUGGUAGAUGGAAUCCACAAACCCAACAAAAGAGAAAUUUGAAUGUUCAUGAACAUAUCAGUUACAGUUUGUUGAAAGGUGCAGGAAUAACUGUACCCAAUUUUGGGGUAGCCAAAACAAAGCAGGAAGCUCGCCAAAUUGCCGAGAAAUUAAACACCAAAGACCUUGUCCUUAAAGCUCAGGUAUUAGCCGGAGGUCGUGGUAAAGGACACUUUAAAAAUGGGCUUAAAGGAGGUGUCCGAAUGGUUUAUUCGCCAGAGGAAGCUGAAGAAAUUGCUGGCCAGAUGUUGGGACAAUACCUAGUCACAAAACAAACCGGCGAAAAAGGCCGAAUUUGCAACGCCGUUAUGGUCGCCGAACGCAAAUUCCCCAGGAAAGAAUUCUAUUUCGCCGUAAUGAUGGAGAGAGCCUUCUCUGGUCCGGUAAUCAUUGCUUCCUCGCAAGGCGGCGUCAACAUUGAAGAAGUAGCCGCGGAAAACCCAGAUGCGAUCGUAUACGAACCCGUGGACAUCAUUAAAGGCCUGACCAAGGAACAAGCUGAGAAAGUGACCCUUAAGGUGGGACUCGAAUCUCAAAAGGAACAAACUGUUGAGAUGCUUAUGAAAUUGUACGACUUGUUUAUCCAAAAAGACGCUUUGCUUAUCGAAAUUAAUCCUUAUGCCGAGGAUGCUGGUGAAAAAUACUUCUCACUCGAUGCCAAGUUCAGAUUUGACGAUAACGCCGGAUUCAGACAAAAAGAACUGUUCGCACUCAGAGAUUGGACUCAAGAAGAUGAAAAAGAAGUAGCCGCAGCCAAAUUCGAUCUUAACUACAUCGCUUUGGACGGCAACAUUGGAUGCAUGGUAAACGGUGCCGGUCUAGCUAUGGCAACCAUGGACAUUAUUUCUUUACAUGGCGGUUCUCCCGCCAAUUUCUUAGAUGUAGGUGGCGGUGCUACUGCGGCCGCUGUCAAGGAGGCAUUUAAGAUCAUCACUGCUGAUCCAAAAGUACAUGCCAUCCUGGUCAAUAUUUUCGGUGGUAUCAUGAGAUGCGACGUGAUCGCCGAAGGUAUUAUCGCGGCGGCCAAAGAACUAAGUUUAAGAAUGCCCAUCGUGUGCCGAUUACAAGGCACCAACGUGGACGACGCCAAAGUAUUAAUCGCCAGUUCGGGCUUAAAAAUCUUGCCGGUCGACAAUUUAGACGAGGCGGCCCGAUUAGUCGUCAAAUUAUCAAAUAUCGUCAGUUUGGCCAGAGAUGCGAAACUGGACAUCAACUUCGAGAUGCCCCUGUAAUUUUUAGGCAAUAGUUAAACUCUCCCUCUAAUAUUUAUUUAACUGUAACUUUUGUGAGUAUUUUAACUUAAGGUACUUGUAAGAAAAUUGAUCCCCGCUCCAUUAUUUCAUUAAGUAGGCCAAAUUUAUUGUUAAUUUCUGAUCAUUUUAUUUAUUGAAGCGUAUUUUUUUGAUAUUAAAGGUUUUAUGUAUAUAUACUUAUUUGGUUUUGAUUAGGUGUUUAAUUUGGUUGGAGUGUUCAUAUCUAUUAAAUGUAUUACAUUUAAUUUGUAAGUAGAAGUCUAUUCUUUCAUCCAUUCGGGUUGUGAAGGGCAGGAAGACUUUUCUCCACAAAUUAAAUUAGUAAUCUUUUUGUCAAGAGUUAUGCAUUUCGAUGAGUUCACUCAUCAUCAUCAGAUUAAAAUUUAUUUAUUCUUUUAAGAGAAAGACAUUAAAGUAAUAAACAGUAAAUCAAAAUUAAAAGGUACAACAAAAACUAACGAAAUUACAAUUAAAAGUCAAAGUUUUACAUAAACGUUAUAGAGUCUGAUGAUGAUGAGUGAACUCAUUGAAAUGCAAAACUCUUAACAAAACGAUUGGCAUUUUCAUUUGUAAAGAAAAUUCUUCCCGCCCUUCCCAACCCGCUAUAUUACAUUUAAUGUAAGGUUUGUUUUAAAUUAUAUAAAGGGCAUCUCAUUCCUAAAAUUAAACUAUAGCGAAAUUCACAGCAACAUAUUUAAUAAACGAAACGUACUUCACGUGUGAUACUGAGAUUUAACCAAAGUUUUAGAAUAUUCUAACUAAAACUUCUGUUAAAGUUAACUUAAUUUUAUUUAAUAUAUUGGAACUUGCAUCAUGCGAGUUCGUUUUUCUGUACAUUUGUUAUGUAAUAAAUGUCUAUUUGUUGCUUUAAA